GUCGACCAGGAAGUCGUAGCGAACCGCGCCCGCAUUUUUGAGCUGCGUUCACGAUCGCAAACAGACCACAGCAAACACAUCGGGGAGUGGUUUCAACCGCGCCGAGAAGACCAUCCGGGUUUCGGUCGCCGCGAAUAUUUUUUGUCCCCUCAUUAAUUGCGCCACGGAUCCAACUUGUUUCCAAACCUGGUCGUGGUGGCGUUGAGGGCAAAGCGAAGAGAAUGGCUUCCCGUGGAAAGUCUGAAACGGGCAAACUGAGACAAAAUAUGGAGGAGCAACUUGACAGACUGAUGCAGCAGCUGCAGGAUCUGGAGGAAUGCAGGGAAGAGCUCGAUGAAGAAGAAUAUGAGGAGACAAAGAAAGAGACAUUGGAGCAGCUGAGUGAGUUCAACGACUCGCUGAAGAAGAUCAUGACAGGGGACAUGACGCUCGUGGAUGAACUCAGCGGCAUGCAGUUGGCCAUCCAGGCUGCCAUCAGUCAAGCAUUCAAAACUCCAGAGGUGAUCCGACUUUUUGCUAAGAAGCAGCCGGGACAGCUCAGAACCCGACUGGCAGAGAUGGACCGUGACGUCAUUGUGGGGAAGCUGUCUCAGGCCGAGUACACACAGCAGAAGAUGGAGGUGCUCGCAGCACUGAGGAAGCUGGGAGAGAAGCUCACAACUCCAGACGAAACAUUCCUGGCAGAAAACGCCACGGCUACUUUGAGCCAGUUUGAAAAAGUGACGGCGGGGUCUGAAGAUAAAAUACUGGCUUUAGUGAGUUCUGGUGUGAAAACUAAAGCAUAGCCUGCAUCAUUUUAAAAUAAACUAUUUUAAUAAGUGUUUUGAGAAAAAGACGGUUGCUCUUGUAAAUAACAAAUGCACUUGUGGUUGAUGUAGCUGCUUUUUAAUAGUAUUCUUUUAUAUGCCUUCGUGUAUUAGAUGUGUACGUUAUAGCAGGUACAAGAAUGUGAUUUGCUUUAAAGUGGUAAAAAAAAAGUUGUAUCAGAAACGUGCUGUUGUGUUUUGUGCUGUUUUUAUUACAUUGUUUAUCUUAAACAAAAAACCUGAUUGUUAAAGAUGUUCAUUGUCAUUGUGUGCUGCA